AUGUCCACCAAAAGACACUCCAAGUUGGAAACCGUGCUCUCGUCGGCAAACCGCCGAAUCACCGUCCAGAUCCCAGACGAUAGACCGCCUCCGGACUUGUCCAGGGCCGACACCCUCGUCAGCACGUCGUCCUCUUACUACCCUCCCCAGUCUGCAAUCGACAAGAGCCCGGAGUCCCUGCUGGGUUUUCAGCCCCAGCCACAGCAAAAACCGCUGCAACGGCCUCCAAUCAACCUUUCCCUGCGCCGACGCCCGCCUCCACAGCCCACGGAGAACAACAAGCUCGAGCCUCUGGCCCAGGAAGCUCGUUCUUUAGACCCUUUCAAGGAACAGGAAAAGACACGCCCAGAGUCCGAAGCGGACGAUCAGAAAUCGACGCCUGGAGGACUCCAAACCAACGCCCAGCUCGAAAAGCCAUACAUCGACCUUCUCAGCUCGGCCUCGUCGUCGCCAAAACCGUCGCCGUCUCGCGAGGACGAAGCGCAAACCCCCACGCAAGAGCUAUUUUCAGGCAAGCUGGCUGCCGAGCAGCUUUUUAAUUACGAGACUGCAGACACAAAUGCACCGCCACAGCAACAGCCAGAGCUGGACAACGAGCUGUAUUUCUCGGCCCCGUCCUACAACUUCCAGAACCAGUCGUCCGAGUCCGACCAGUACUUCGACGUGCGCGAGACGCGCUCGGAUAUCAGCACAGACGACUCCGUCAACGACGAGCUGUAUCCUACAGAAGCACGCAGUACAACGUUGCGUGUGCAGAAUGCCGACUCAGAGAGCACGGAAUAUUAUCCCAGCGAGAGCUCUGGCCCGCUCUACCGCCAGCAGUCGAUUGACUCCAAGCCCAGAGCUACACAGAUCGCAGAAGACGACGAGGAUGACGACGACUCCGGAGUCAGCUUCAUAGCCAAGCCGCUGAAUUACACGCACUUCGAUGUGGACGAAAUACAGCCGCAGCACAAGAUGGUGGUGACCAACCCGUCGCUCGAGGAGUCGCCGCCGCUCCCGACCUACGACCGGCGCGAGGCCCCGACCGUGGUACCUCUUUCGCACUCCAACGUGGUGCAGCCUGCGCAGGCGGUUUCUGGAGCGGCGCAGGCGAAGAAAAGACCGCCUCCCGACAACCCGUCGACCGGCCGCGGCGCGAGGGCGGUGUCAAUGUCGACUGCGCAGCCCGAGCUGUUUGAGACGAUAAAGCAGCCUAACGCGCUGCCAAAAAACGGCAGGCCCGACGCUGAAAAAGAACAAGACGACAGCGAGCUGCACAAGCCGUCGCUGUACAUCUACCGGCUGCGCACGGCCGCAGCAACAACGUACGUGGACAAAAAUCCCAGCACCAACAUCCUGCCCAUAGCGAUACGGAAAAACAAGGGCAAGCACUCGCGCACGGCUUCGCGGCAAUCGUCGCUAUUUUCGUACCAGGCGGCCAUCAAGCACGGCGCGCAGCAUCCUGGGCUGCUUGCGUCGGAGAUCGACGACGACGAGCUGCCGGAUUCGAAGCUCAGCCAUUCAACCGGGAAAACCAAGAUUCCGCAGGACCCGGACGCAGAGGUGCUCGAGGUGGCAGAUCAGCUGAAACGGCUCACGGCCUCUGACGAGGGUCUGAGGCGGAUGACCAGCGUCCGCAGCGUCCAGCCUCCACAACCGCGGCUCAAUCUGUUUGUUGCCAACCCUGACGAGUAG